AUGCCGGGGAGGAUCGAGCUCUCCGGAGGCACCCGAAGUCACAGUGAGGGACGGAGACGCCUCGCCAGCUCCGCGCCGAUCGUCGGCGCCACUCUGGAUGUUUCCCCCAUCGGAGUCGGAGACCUCCGGCGAAGACUCCUCCUCGGGCGACUCGACAAAGUCCGAGGAGGAGCUGUCCUCCGCCACCAGCAGCACCCGCAGCAGCAGCAGCCGCAGCUGCAGCACCCGCGUCAGCAGCAGCAGCAACAGCAGCAGCAGCAACCACCACAGCAGCGACCACAACCGCGCGGGCCGAGGGAGCAGCGGCAGUCCGGCCAAUCGUCUCAGGAGUCUGAGCCUGCUCCUCCGCCGCGACCUACGCUGUCCCUCACCUCUGCGAGCGAGCGCCAAAGACAGUUGGCGAUUCAUCAGUUCACUGCGGGGCUGAACCUUUCGCUGAUCUUCUUGCUGAAGCACAAGAGAAGUUCCCUGAUGGCGGAUUUGACUGACAUCCUCGACACCACUAGCCUGAUCCAGGCGAUCAAGCGCUACAGCUCCUUUGCGGGGACCGAUCAUCGGACCAAGGCUUUGAAGCUCUACUGGACUCAACUUCUUCACUUCGAGGUCGUCACUGGCGGGAUUACACUUGGCGGCCUGCCUAUCGGCACGGAUGGAUUUCAUGCUAGUCAGCUCCGAGCGAAGGUUUCUACCCUCAACGAAGAGCUCUCGAAGCUCGGGCUCGUCCAGCAUGGCUUCAUGUUCAAGACGCUGGUGAGGGCGAGCCAUCUCCAGAAGCUGCGCUUCUUCCUCCAGGGGUCUUCUCCGUUUCUCCCGCGGGUCCAAUCACAGAUUCGUCGCUUUGACCUCUCUGUCCACCUGGCGCUUGAGAAAUACCACCGCUGGCCUUCCUCGCAGUACCUUGCCGCGCAUCCCGACCUGCUAGAGUUUGCGAGGUUCAAGCGGGAGCUUCCGCAUAGUCGAGGAGGGGACGAGUUCACGCCCUCUGAGGGUCUACACCCCGCUGUUUACUAUACGGCUAUCGCUCGCUUCCUCGCUUCAGGCUUGAAGCAUCCUCUGGCGACCUUCUUCGGCUUCGCGCUUGGGCUGGCGCUGCCGCGUCUGGCUUCUCGCUGUGGACUGUGUAUCUGCCGUAAAUCCUAUACCCCCUUCUUCGUUGAGGCGCACGACUUCGUUCAUAAUGCUGGAGCGAUCCUCUACCGUCGUGUCAAGGCUCCUGCACCGGCUGCAGAUGGCGCGGCGAUCCCACCUGCCCCGGCUGCUGUGCCUGAUGACGCAGGACGCCCCCCGGCAUCUGUGGUACACAUCCCUGGUUUGCGCGCUCUCGUCGACUCGUCUCAUGAGCACUUCAUUCCUCCCCCUGCGCAGCGAAAUGUGACUCCUCUUGUCAUGCGCGUCUUCCCUCGCCAUGUGCAUGCUCGCGCUGCGCUGACCGAUCAGCAGCGUGAUAUCCUCACCUUGCACAGCCGCAGGACACACUCGCUCAAGUCGCAGGAUAGGGUCUUGCAGUCUACCAUCUUCGCUCAUUUUCCUGAGCGAGACCUGAGCCACUCUCCGAUGCGAGUCUCGAGCUACUACCCCCUCAAGGCCUUCCCGCACCGCUAUGCUCAGAUGCUCGACUGCUAUCUCCAUGGCAUGCCGAUCUGCCAGUGUCCGACGAAAUGUGAUGGAUGUCAGCGCGAGCUCGACCCCUCCGUUGCUGCACAUCAUCUCCAGACCUGCAAACGCCGAUCCUCCAAGCUUCCCACGGCGCAUGACAACCUUACUCGUACGAUUCGGAACAAGCUGAACCGGCAGGCACACAGUCCACAGCGAGAAGCUGCACAAACACACACAAAACACAAGCCCGAAAAGAACCAGCACUGCCACCCAGACGCGGCAUCGCCAGCCCAAGCGCGAAGCCGCGCAGACAAGCAGCCUAAGGGUCAAGCAAUCAAGCAACAAGCAGCAGGAGCAUGCAGGAGGAAUAAAAUCCCUUAG